GUACCUGGACUACUUCCAUGUGAUGACUUACGACUUCCAUGGUUCAUGGGAAGGAUACACUGGAGAGAACAGUCCCCUGUACAAAGGGCCAGCUGACACUGGCAGCAACAUCUACUUCAAUGUUGAUUAUGCUAUGAACUAUUGGAAGAGCAACGGUGCCCCAGCUGAAAAGCUCCUUGUUGGAUUCCCAACCUACGGACACAGUUUCAAGCUCCAAAGCACCUCUGACACUGCUGUUGGGGCACCAACAUCAGGAGCUGGGCCAGCUGGAUCUUACACAAAAGAGGCUGGGACCUUGGCUUACUACGAGAUCUGCACAUUCCUGGAUUCUGGAGCCACCCAGGCCUGGGACACCCCCCAGGACGUGCCCUAUGCCUACAAGGACAGCACGUGGGUUGGCUACGACAACAUCAAGAGCUUCAACAUCAAGGCCGACUGGCUGAAGAAGAACAACUAUGGAGGUGCUAUGGUGUGGUCCCUUCCUAUGGAUGACUUCACAGGCUCUUUCUGCAAGGAGGGCAAAUACCCCCUGAUCACCACUCUGAAGAAUGCUCUUGGUCUCAAAAGCAGCAGCUGUGUGUCUUCUGCUGACUCUAAUUCUCCAGUAACUGAGGCUCCUAGCUCUGACAGUGGGAGCGGAAGUGGGAGCUCAGGAAGCAACACCAGUGGCUCCACUGGAAGUGGCUUCUGCGCUGGCAAAGCCAACGGCAUCUAUGCAGAUCCAACCAGCAAGAGCAGCUUCUACAACUGCAACGAUGGCGAAACCUACCUGCAGAGCUGCCAGACCGGCCUUGUCUUUGACACCAGCUGCUCCUGCUGCAACUGGUCAUGA